AUGAAAAGGACGUCUAGUUUGAUCGAAAAUUUAAAUGACGGUAGUAUCAAGUUAAAAAAAACAAUCAUAUCAGUAAAUUUCGAAAAUAAAAUGUUUCGAAAUACUAUAUGGUAUAAAUCUCUUCUUGGAGCAGAAAAGUCAUGUUUGAAAGAAGAUAAAAUAAAAAAAGUACAUUAUAAGUUCGAAGAUGAUAGAGAAAUGGUUGAAGAAUAUAAUGUUGAUACACAAGUGCUGUUACGUAGAGCUUGGAAAGUUAAAAGUAAGCUCGGUGGUGAUGGCAAGUGGGAAGUGGAAAUUGGAGAUCCAAUUCCUGAUCCUACACCAAACGUUGAAAUUGCUGAUAUUGUAGAAAGUAAAGACCAGCCUAUUGUAACAAGACGUAAUACAAGAGUCAAUUUGGAAUGGAGGAUUAGAAAUCUCCCAUAUCCUAUAUCAACUUAUUCCAUAAGUGCAAAUAAUGAAGAAAAAUGUAUUACAGUUCGUACAACAAAUAAGAAGUAUUUUAAAAAACUACAGAUACCUGAACUUAUAAGGCUUGGGUUACCCAUAGAACAAGCUCACAUACAGUCAACCCAUCAGUAUAACACACUUAUUAUUAUGUAUAAAAAACCUCAGCAGCUAUUAGAUAUGGAUAAGGAAUGGUAUGAAGAAUUGAAGCAAGUGAAGCCUAUUAAAGAUGUACCAAAUGAAUGCAAAGCACAAUGAACUUAACUAGGCAGUAUUUUUUAAAUUUUUACAC